AAUAUUGAUUAAAUUGUACAUAUUUAUUUUUACAAUUAUGCGCCGAUCAUAAUAAUCGCGAGAGCCGGCGGCGCCCGCGCGAUAAACAUAUUCUGAAAAAGCAUUAGACGCCGGCGAUCGCCUCGGAGCUCGAAGUCAGAAAACGUUAGAUGGGGGAAGAGGCAGAGGAGAAAGGGACGAACUCAGCCGCGAACGUAGCCGAGUGCGCGACGGCUCACGCCGAUCGCAGCCGAGCGCGCGUGCCUCACGGAUAGGGGGAGUGCGAUGUGUGCGUGAGCGUGCCCGGGCUUGAAAUCGCAUCACAGGCUGCAUGCAUCAAUCUCGGCAGGUUCAGAUCGAAUAGAACACGAGUAGCUUGUGUUUAGUUGUUCGAAUUUUUACAAUAACAAUGGAGUGUAUAGUAGCGAACGUGGAACACAUGCGAUUUGACAUUGAGGAAGCUCUCGAUGAGCAAUAUGGAGCUCUUCCAUUACCUUUUACCGGCAUGGACAAAUCAAUUGCUGCAGUAUGUCAGUUUUACCCGAGAGGCACUUGUAAUAAAGGAGCUUCGUGUCCAUUCAGACAUGUUCGUGGCGAUCGUACGAUAGUAUGUAAACAUUGGUUAAGAGGUCUUUGCAAAAAGGGUGAUCAAUGUGAAUUUCUACACGAGUAUGACAUGACAAAAAUGCCAGAAUGUUAUUUUUAUUCCAGAUUCAAUGCAUGUCACAAUAAGGAAUGUCCAUUCUUACACAUCGAUCCUGAGACUAAAGUGAGAGAUUGCCCAUGGUAUGAUCGUGGUUUCUGCAGGCAUGGUCCAUUGUGUCGACAUCGACAUGUCAGACGCGUUUUGUGUAUGGCUUACUUGGCUGGUUUUUGUCCAGAGGGGUCAAAUUGCAAAUUCAUGCAUCCAAGAUUUGAAUUGCCAGCGGUACAAGAUAUGCAACCGAAGGAAGGCAAGAAGGUGAUGAUCACGUGUCACUUUUGUGGUGAAGGAGGUCAUAAAGCGAUCUACUGCAACAAAAUGCCUCCCGAUGUAAGAGAGGCUCAAGUUCGGCAAGAGCUCGACAACUCUCACACAUCGCAUCAUCACAUGAACAAUGGACCACCGCCGCCGCGAGGGCCGCAAAAACCACUUGAAGAAGUAACGUGUUACAAGUGUGGACAAAAAGGUCAUUACGCUAAUAAAUGUCCAAAAGGUCAUUUAGCAUUUUUGAGUCAUGCAGGUAGCGGAGGUGGCGCACAAAAUCAGAAUUAUCGGAGAUGAUUUUCUUUGUUUUAUUUAUGUAACAUUGAUAUUGUGAUGCUACUUUAUCUCAUUAUUAUCUAUAAAAAUUCCUAUAUCAUACAAUAAAAUAAUUUAUCAUGUCUAAUAUGCGUGUCAACUGCCGCUCUUAUGUCUCAACGAUAACUAAAAGCAUUUCUAUGCUUUUUGAAUAACAUAUAUAACAUCAACAUUUAAAAAGUAAUAUAAAAAAUGAGAAAGCCGUUUGCAUUCAAGCGGGUUCUUCGAUAUUAAGUUUCUUUUUGUUAAUAAACUGUAACAAAUUU